GAGAAUAAUAAGCAUGGGAAGAAACGCAUAAAGGGAAGGGUACCACUCCACUCCACUCCACCACCAUCUAUGAUCUAUCUAUCAACAAUUCAACAUUCCUCUUCUCAAUCAAUUCAACAGCAUAAUUUAAGUGGAGAUUAUAUGCACUCCCAUCUUCAUCCUUAACCAUAACAAUCAUCUUAUAAUGUUUUAAACAUCCCAUCACCCCUUUCCUCAAACAUCCAAUCCAAUUCUUGUAACAUCAUCCAACGCUCCAAAACCCUCUUUAACAAAUACAACGAAUCGCCACGUCAACAAUCCGUGGAUACUCAUUAACCAAUCCCCAGGAUCACUCCCUAUUCUCCCUCACACUAGAAACAAGAAAUCUCAUUCCUCAUCCCGCCAUAAUUUUCAAAGUAUUCGCCCAAACCCUGCUGCCAUUCAAGCUUUCAUUUGCUCAAACCCUUCACUCCUCUUCUUAUUUUGCACUAGCCAAGAAAACCCAAGUCCUUACACAUGGCUCGUACUAAGCAAACUGCUCGCAAGUCCACGGGAGGCAAGGCCCCGCGCAAGCAACUCGCCACCAAAGCCGCCAGAAAAUCUGCCCCUGCCACCGGUGGAGUGAAAAAGCCCCACCGCUUCCGCCCUGGAACCGUUGCCCUCCGUGAAAUCCGAAAGUAUCAGAAAUCCACUGAACUACUCAUACGAAAGCUGCCGUUUCAGAGGCUUGUUCGUGAGAUUGCACAGGAUUUCAAGACCGAUCUGAGGUUCCAGAGCUCUGCUGUGGCGGCACUGCAGGAGGCGGCGGAGGCUUACCUGGUUGGGUUGUUUGAGGAUACUAAUCUCUGUGCUAUUCAUGCAAAGAGAGUCACGAUUAUGCCCAAGGAUAUCCAGUUGGCAGGGAGGAUUAGGGGUGAGCGAGCAUAGUUGUAGUUCUGGGGUUCAAUUGGGUGAGGUUGCAGGGUGAGUGUACGCAUACUAAUGGAUUAGGUUAUUGUUUUAGUGAACAUGUAAUAUGGUUUAAUGAAAACUUAGUUGUUUUAGCUCAA